UCCUCCUCCGUUAUCCCAGUGCUCACCCCGGAUAGGCAUUGUGUAGCAGCCGGCCAUUUACCUCGGACUGGAGGACAGAGAAUAUCACACAUCCCCCAGCUCAUCACACCAUGUAUAUUAAAUGUGGUUUUUCUGCGGCUCUGCUUGCUGCUGCUGUUGGAAUAUACCUGUUGCCAUCACCAAUUGAUCCAGAACCAUUCAUGUUUGACAAACCACCACCACUAACUGGACCUCUGACUGUAAAUAGAAAGCUCCAAGAAGGAAAAAGACUCUUUUAUGGACAUCUGAAAGGCCCGGAGUCAUUUACUAGUGAUCAUGAAGGAAACCUUUAUACUGGCACUGUGGACGGAAAGCUGUGGAUGAUUCGUGGAGAACAAUUGAACCUAAUAACCCAGAUGGGGAAGAAUGUGUCUGGAUGUGGCACCCCUGAAUAUGAACCCGUCUGUGGGCGUCCACAUGGGGUACGAGUGGACUGUGAUGGAUAUCUAAUUGUGGUAGAUUCGUAUUUUGGAUUGUACAAAGUUGACCCACAGUCUGGAGAGAAGCAGCUUCUGAUCUCAAACAAUGAAGGAGUGGAUGGAAUUCCUUUCCGGUUCUUAAAUGGACUUGAGCUGUCCCGAAAUGGCACAAUCUUUUUUACAGACUCAAGCAGUAAAUGGGGUAGACAGCAUCACAGAUAUGAGGUAUUGGAGGCCAAUCACAAAGGACGGCUAAUACAGUACGAUCCAGGGAGGAAAGAAGCAAAGAGCUUGCUGAGCGACCUCUACAUGGCUAAUGGGCUAGCCUUAUCACCGGAGGAGGAUUACAUAUUGAUAGCAGAGACCAGCAUGUCCAGAAUACUACGCUAUUGGCUAGCUGGCAGUAAAGCAGGAGAGAAAGAAGUGUUUGUGGACAAUUUGCCAGGCUAUCCAGAUAACAUUAGAGCCUCAACCACUGGCAAAUACAGAAUUGGGAUAUCCACCACACGCUUUCCUGGCUUCUUCCCUCCAUUCCUGGACGCCAUUGCACCUUACCCUGCACUGAAGAGAUUUAUUGUCAAGAUUACCCCACUUGCGGCAUACAGCUUAUUGCUGAGGAAGUAUGGACUGUUCCUGGAGGUGAACCUACAUGGAGAAAUAGUGGACAGUUACCAUGACCCUGAUGGAAUUGUGACAUGGGCCAUCAGCGAUGUCUAUGAACACCAAGGAAAACUGUAUUUGGGCAACACAGAUUUGCCUUUCCUUGUCGUUUUACCAAAAAACAGUAAAUUAUAAUGGAACCUGUAUUGUGGCUGUUAGGCAAUUACCAUUUCUGUUCUGAACAGAGGUUUGCUGUAUGUAACAUGUGGGUUACGGUCUUUUUAGGUGUAGUUUGUGGCCUAUAAUGCACACUUUUUAUUUUUGUAAUAAAAUUUUAAACUUGU